GCCCGCCCGCCGCGCUCGCGCUCGGCUCCCUGCGCCCGCCCCGCGCCCCGGGGCCCGCGCCGCGCGCGCAGCCUGGCGCCCCGCCCGCCGCGCCCCCGCCUGCGCCCCGUGUUCCUCUGGGCGCGCCAGCAGGACGGCCGCGUGCAGGCCGUGCACUGCGAGGACUACGACCCGCGCAACCGCAUCCGCCUGGCGCGCACGCCCGGCGGCUGGCGCGUGAUCCCGCGCACCGAGAUCUACAACGCGAUCCGAGUGCCGCCCGCGCCGCCGCGCGAGCGCAAGCGCGGCCGCACCGCCCGCAAGCGAGCUCGCGAGCCGGCCUGGCUCGCCCCUCCCGACCUGGAGACCCACAUCCCCUCGCACACCAUCGCGGUGCCGCGCUCGGCCGCGCCGGCGCCGCCGCCCGCGCCCCCGCCCCCGCCGCCGCCCGAGCCCACGCCGCUCGACAACCUGCUGGCCGUGGCCGAGCUCGAGUUCAACCAGCAGCGCGGCAAGGACCUCGAGCUGGAGGCCGGCGUGAACGACGCCUACGCCUUCCUGCCCGACGAGGCGGUCGCCCGGGACGUCAUGUCGUUCGAACUCGGGGAACCCCCCAAAACUACAGAGGAUAUGUUCUACGAUCGGAAAUCCCACGGGGAGGAGGACUUUCAGAACAAUUUAGUGGUCCAUAAAGACUUAUUUGAGACUAUCAGUGAGGCGCAUUAUUUGCCGGAGUUGAGCGGGCCCCACGACGAGGCCCUUCUCGAAUCGCUCGUAGAGAAAGGUUGUGAGGAUAAUCAAAUCCUGGGUCAGGCGCUGGAUAAGCUGGCGCACCUGGUAACGGGUGGCGGCGACUACGCAGAGGAGGAGGAAGACAUGCUGUUGAGUGGGGCGCCGGUGGCCGACAUUAUUGAUAGGCUGGAGUCGCUCGAGUCUCCCGGCCGGAGCAGCAUCACCGCAGCACAAGGCCUGCUGCAUCUGCACCACAUCGGAGACCAGCUUCAUGACAUCCAACCUGACCAGCAGACUGUCGAUCAAACCUACAUGUCAGACGAAGUGUUUGUUCCUGAAGUGUCCACGUUAACGUUGACUCAAGGUAGGGAACUUCAGGUCGCUAAUGAAAUUACUAGUAUGGAGUAUGAACAAGAAGCCGAGAAGACGCUAGGAGACGCCGUUGAAGCGACUGAAUCUAUGUAUACCGAUAUUAGUGAGCCAGUAAUUGAAGAGCAUUUGACUUACAAAGUGAAUUCCGAAGAGCAACUGCCAAAUCCUACGUUACCAGAAGACAGUGAGAUACCCGUGCCAACCGUAAUUACUACAGAUGCUGAAGCGUCUAAAGUUGAUGAACCGGUGGAAGAAAACGAGGAGGAGGUACCAACGUGCAUGAAAGAAGAAGUUACGCAGCCGGAAGGCCCUGGGGAAGACUCAGAAAAAGAACCAGAAACGGAAUCGGAAGACCCUUCGGUGUGUGAGUUAGUGGCUACUGAUCUUAGUUUAAAAGCAGUUCAGAAGCAAAAACAGGUGUUAAGUGCAGUGAUAGAUACGAGGCAUGUGGAGGAAAAUGAGACAAUGGAGAAGAGUGAAGAACUUCCGAGGGAUUUGAGUGUGCACCGGAGACUACCGACCCCCCACGCGUCGCCGCGGAGGAUUGACAUCCCGAGGGCACCGUCGCGGGAGUCGGACGCCAUGCAGUCCCCGCAGCCCAGUGGCAUCCCCGCCAUACCAUCAUCACCAGAAAUAUUCACGGCUCCGCAAAAAAGUAAACAGACGCUGUUUCUAGAAACGUUACUCUCUUCUCCAUCUCCAAAGAUGUACACGUCCGAAGUUACCAUCACAAAGCAACAAUGCGAGCCCCUUAAUUUAGGUAAACACAGAAAAUCUGCGAGUCCCACCGUCUCCAGUUGCUCAGACGAAAUGAGGAAAUUAAAUAAAGAAUUUGGUGAACCGCAGGAGAAAAGGAUAAAGAAUGAGACGGACUUAGUUAAAAUUAGUAAAGUUUUCAAAGGUUCAAAUGAAGACUCUAAAAAAUCGACGCAUAAGUCAAAUGAGGAUACGAGUCCAUUAAAACAAUUGCAAAUUUUAAAGACAACUGCAGACUUCAACAUUCCAGACCCGCUCUUAGUACCUAAAGAUAAAUUAAAUCACAUAUUAGCGGCACCCGGGCGAGAGAUCCCAGCCUUACUAAUACAGAGGCCAGAGCUCAGACUACCCGAGGCGUUCGCGUACCCCUCCAUUCUACAAGACCCAGAUAUACUAGUCAUAUCUUUGUCACAACUUGAAAAUAUCUUAGAAAAUGAUGCCAAAAAAUUAUCAACUCAUAAAGCUAAGGAACCUACGAUGCCAGAGCCUAUGAGAAUGUCGAGUAGCGACCCACCCAAGCCUGAAGUACGUAGUACUACCACUCCAGUGCCCGAUCAAACGGCACACCCUAAACCUAUACAAUUAGAUGCUUUAGCUACAGAUAUAGAUGCGGCCACCACGGCGGCGCUCAACCAAAUGUUCUGGCUCCCUUACUUAAAUCAGCUAGAAGUAAUGGCAGCUUGCUCUCAAAACAGCGAAUUCCUAAAAGCAAUGAGUGCUUCUGGCUACUCCGGGCAAAACUAUGCAGAGUUAUCUCAAAUGCUAAACGCGUCUCGCUUCAUGGGGCCCGGUGGAUUCCCAAUGAUGCCACAAAUGGACUACGACAACAGAAUGCAAUUCGCCAUGUGGCAGGAAGCUAUGAACCAGGCGAACGCGGCUGCCUCCCGGACGAAAUCGGAAGCCCAGAAAGAAGUGGCAUCAAAAUCUGCUGACGUCCAAAAUCCUUACGUCCAUUCCACGAAGAAUCAUCAAAGCAAAUCACAGUCUCAUUCGGCAGCACGAACUAGCCCGAUCGCGCACAACUACAAUAAUAAUCAGCGGUCUAUGGCCCACAAUCCAUUUUUCCAAAGCAUGUAUCCCGGGAUGAAUCCGAAUAUCAGACCGAACAUGCCGCUUCCGGGGCUACAGAUACCGUAUUUUAAUCCAAAUAUGAUGGGGAGCCAACGAUCACCUCGUACGAGCCAGCAGAAGAGCCCAACGUCGCCAUAUUAUCCAAAUAAUAAUUAUUUGCAAAGCGUGAAGCAUUCGGAGGCUACGCAUCAGCGCAGCAGUAGCACGGGGUCUCAGGAGUCUCCACGACCGCGGAUUAGUGUUAAAUCGCUCCAGAACCUUCUGGAGCCGACAGCGGCUGCGGCGUCCGGUGUAACGGCUCGGCGGUCCUCUGUACCAUCGUCGUCUCUGGGCCGUCGACGGGACGAGCCAGAGGUCGGCAGCACCACGCCGCUCGGCGAGCCACCACCGCAUCCCAUGCCGCACCCGCACGACCCAUCAACGUACCAUUUGUGGCAUCCACUAUUUGGCAAUCAAAAGGGCUACAACAGCCCGUGGAGUUGGACAACGGUGACCGCGACGGGCGACUGACCGCGCGCCCCGCGCGGGCCGCCCGCGCCGCCGCAGUGAGCAGGGGAGGGGGACGGGGCUGGAGGGUUACGUUGGGUUUACACUUUGAGGUUAUCUUGGAUUCUGAGGUUAUGUUUUGA